AUGGCUGUUUCACCAGAUCCAAUCAUCGUAACACUACCCAUUACCAUGGAAUCCAUAGGUGAUCUUGACUGUAUCUUCGAGGUCCAUCAGGGCAUAUUCAGCGACGGUGAAAACCCCAAACAACUGGUUUUUGUGAGCUUCCCUGAAGAGUGCCGAGCAGGAAACUGCUCAUUCAUAGUCUGGCGGAGAGAGCGCACAACAGAAGACAAUAAUUUUAUGGCCACUCCCUGCUCUGUUCGCCUCGAGCCCUCGACGAAGAACAUUGAUUUUGUGGCCCCGAUUGACACUGCGCUUGGUCCAAUGCCUUUGAGUCCGGGUCAAUACCGACCUCUAGGUCAGCCCACGGACGAAUCGCUGGUUGCUCGCUACCAUGCGAGCAGAGAGGUGUUGAUCUCGUGCGACUUUUUCGCCUAUAAUACGGAAGUUGAGCAUCAGAGCGAAGCUACGUGGUUCGUGGCGGUUAAAAAUCGAUUCAUAGAGAUGGCGGUUCUGGAGCCAUACAAUGAUCUGGUUGCUCCGUUUUCAGAGCCCGAAACCCUAGACGCAGCUCAGCCUAUCCAGGAUUCAUACCUCUACCAUAGAUUCGAAGCACCAAACUAA